AUGUCCCAACAGGGUGCAUCUUCAUCUGCUUUAACCAGUGUUCCUCCUCGAUUUUACAAGCCAUUCAUUCUCCGAGCACCCGGUCUACUCUUCAUAUUUGCAAUAUGCCUCGCGCUCAUUGCGAUCCUGGAAUAUGCUGCACGGACUCUACCCCUUGUCGAGAACAGAAUACAUGUUCCGGAAAUUUCCAAGCUCAGUAACCUGCUGCAAAGACGUCAGGAUACCCAGAGCAGCUUCGAAGUGCUUGAAGUGUCCGCAGCGAGCACAUUCCCGACUAUACUCACGAAUGUUAUGUCAGGUGAUAAUGGUUUAUUUGCAUCCGCAAAGCCCUUCGAACGACCAUGGAGACUAAAUCUUGCGGCUCGCACCGUUUCGCCAAGCACAUCUCCGGCAAUUACAACUCCGCCUACUUCAAUGCCAUCGUCUGCAUCAACAACGCCAGUAGAGACAGCAACUACUAUGCCAGGCGAAUAUCUGGCUAUCAGCAGCGUCUCCACUUCGACAGCGUAUACGUCAGCCACAAUUCCAAGUGCUUACGUACCAACUACCAGCACACUGACCGAAAGUCCCCAGUCAAUCAGUCCCGGCACGAUCAAUUCGCCCAAUUGGCUGACCGAAACCUUCUUCUCAACCAAUCCCGGGGCAUAUGUCACUACCAAUAGCUACUCUACAGGAGUUGCUUCAACAAAUGCAUACCUUGCUACUGCUACCAAAGUUCUUGUCUCUACUUCUCUCAGCACUGAUGCUGUGGGUCAAGUAAACACCAUUCUUAAUACAUACACAAUUACACAAACACAGCAAAUUAUCACGCAGACAGGCCUCUCGACAGUAAUCACAACCAACUCUGCCGGAUACGCUCAGACAGCCACCGUACCGUACACGUCAGUGGAAACGCUCCAACCAAGUCCAGAUUCCACCCAGGAUAAUAACUCGAAAUUUCAGACUGUCUUGAUCACCUGGCCACUCUGGUGGGUAUUUGUAGCAGGAUACUUACCUCUGCUCCUAGCAAUCUUCGUCAAAAUCUUCUGGACAUCUCUUUAUGCGAACGUCAAGCUUCUAGAGCCUUUCAUUCAACUAUCACAUCCAGAUGGUGCUCUCGCUAGUGAUGUGCUCCACACCUUUUAUCUCUCCAGCAACUUGACACCUGAUCCAAUCAUGGCACUUUUCAAAGGACGAUGGCUUAUGUUCUGGACCUCCUCGGCGUAUCUAGUAGUCGGACUCUUGGCACCGCUAGCAUCUGAGGUUUUGUUCCUCGACUUGCACUAUGGAUGUGGUUCCGAGAUGUGUUGGCCUCCUAAACUUUCCGCUGAUGGGACAGUCCUUCGCCUUCUUCAAGGUCUUCUCUCCUUCAUCGCUAUCAUGAGUCUUACCAUAAUGUUCAUGGUGUACCGGAGUACCACGGGAGUUUACUCGAACCCAUCUUCUAUUGCCUCUAUCGCGUGCUUACUUCAUCAUCCCGAAGUCCUUGACGAUUUCAGAAGUAUGAAUGACAACAUAUCAUCCAAAAGUCUUAAAGCACACAUAGGUGACAAACGAUAUCAGCUGGGCAUGUACCAGGGACAAGAUAGAGUACAGAGGUAUGGUAUCAUUCCUGCUACUCAGACAUACUCCCCUGGCUGGACACAGAUAUCCUUGAAGCCUGCUACAGAAUCUAUCAAGCCUGAAAAAAAGACUCAUCGAAUUUCUUUUAUCAUCGACAUUGUUUUUGUGACGUUUAUUUUUGGGCUGCUAGGUGUAGUUGUAGCGUAUUUCUUGGAUGGGUCCAAUUCUGGUUUCAACCGUUUUUUCAACAGCAAUUUGUUUGGACCUCGCUUCUUCAUGUCGUCGAUGGGAACCAUAAUAGCUAUGUACUGGAAGGGUAUUGAACGAAGUAAGUGGCUUCCGAACCCUUUUCGUCGCGUCUCUUCUCAGAAAGCGCUUCCGCGGCCAGGAUUUCACUACUUCGAUGUUGAGAUUAUGGUUACGGAGCACAGACAAUUGACAGUCGUGACAGAAGUACAGACCCUUACACCAUUUCGCCGACUCAUACAGUCAUCAGCGCCAGCAAAAUCCAGCAUCCUCUUCCAACGACACAGUCUCCCACCUUUAGUGCUCUACACCUCCCUCAUCCGAGGUCACUUCUUCGCCGCACUUAUAGCAUUCACCACCUUCCUCGCAGAUAUCCUUACAAUAACCCUCGCCAUAAUACCUUACUCCCCAAACGAAAUCUACCUCGAGCUCCUGAUCUGUGCGUAUACCUCUAUGGCCAUUUUGGGCAUAAUGGUUCUUGUCGUAGUGGGACUCUUGUUUUGGAAGCUGAAAUUGAAGGACAUGCCAAGGAAACCUGAUACUUUAGCCGGAGUGAUGAGUUACCUGUGUGAUAGUCAUUUUCUGGCGGACUUUGAAUGUUGUGAGAGGUUGAGUAGUGAGGAGAUGGAGAAGAGGAUUGGCAGAGCGGGGAAGAGGUAUGCGUUUGGGCAGUUUGUGGGUGUGGAUGGGAAAAAGAGGUGGAUGGUUGAAGAAGAAAGUGUGAUCUCAUAA